AUGAGAACUCAACCGUGUGACUGUCAUUUCCCUAGGAAGCUCAUCGAGACUCACCUGAAGACCAUUCCCAGUCUUGCCUUUUCGAGCCUGCCCAAUAUUUCCAGGAUCUAUCUAUCCAUAGAUGCCACUCUGCAUCGGCUGGAACCACAUUCUUUCUACAAUUUGAGUAAAAUGACUCACAUAGAAAUCCGGAACACCAGAAGCUUAACUUACAUAGACCCUGAUGCUUUAACAGAGCUCCCCUUGCUCAAGUUUCUUGGAAUGUUCAAUACUGGACUUAGAAUAUUCCCUGACUUGACCAAAAUUUAUUUCACGGAUGUAUUCUUUAUACUAGAAAUCACAGACAACCCUUACAUGACAUCAGUCCCUGAAAACGCAUUCCAGGGACUAUGCAAUGAAACCUUGACCUUGAAACUAUACAACAAUGGAUUUACUUCAAUGCAAGGACAUGCUUUCAAUGGAACAAAGCUGGAUGCUGUGUAA